GCCCGCGACCCCUCGCUGCCCGGACCGGCGCCGCCGCUCUGGUUGUCGGGGGACGGGUUAGUGGAGAGACCGGGACAGCGGUCCGUCUGCUGACGGGUCCCGCGUCCGUCGGCGAUGGAUGAGCUGGAGCUUGUAGACUAUUUCAAAACUCAAAUGAGGGAGAAUGAAGAUGUUGCAUCUGCAGUUGCUGCCAUUCGCACCUUGCUGGAGUUUUUGAAGAGAGACAAAGGCGAGACCAUCCAGGGGCUGAGAGAGAACCUGAAGGCAGCUAUAAAAAUCCUCAGCAGUGUGGACUCGUCAGUGGCCGUGUCUUCAGGCGGUGAACUCUUCCUCCGCUUUAUCAGCCUGACAUCCCUGGAACAUCCGGAUUAUUCAAUAUGCAAAAAGACGAUGAUAGACCGAGGGGAGCUUUACUUGGAAAGAAUUUCAGCUUCAAGGAAGAAGAUUGCGAACCUGUGUCACGCAUUUAUAAGUGACGGCUCUAAAAUAUUGACGCAUUCCUCUUCGCGGGUGGUGCUACGAGUGUUGGAGCAAGCGGCCAGAGCCAAGAAACGCUUCAGUGUAUUCAUCACAGAAUCACAGCCCGACUGCUCAGGGCUUAAAAGUGCAGAAAGUCUGAAGAAGUUGAACAUUCCAGUGACUGUGAUCCUUGAUGCCUCAGUGGGGUACAUUAUGGAGAAAGUGGAUUUGCUUCUGGUCGGGGCUGAAGGGGUGGUGGAGAGCGGAGGGAUCAUUAACAAGAUCGGGACAUACCAGAUGGCAGUCUGUGCAAAAUCUCACAACAAGCCCUUCUAUGUGGUCGCCGAGAGCUUUAAAUUUGUCCGACUCUAUCCCCUCAAUCAGCAAGAUGUUCCCGAUCGAUUUAAGUACACUGCGGAGAUACUGAAGUCAGCAAAGAACCUUGCAGAGGAGCACCCGACAGUGGACUACACUCCUCCGUCAUUCAUUACCCUGUUGUUCACUGAUCUGGGCGUGCUCACCCCUUCUGCUGUUAGUGAUGAAUUAAUUAAACUAUAUUUGUGAUAA